AUGCUCCCUCACCGUUCCUUCGCGAAUCCUGAUGAACUUGACUCUGUCAAUGAAUGGCGCGAAGCUCUCGAAAGGAUCUUUGAAGAAACUCCUACCCUCGAUGCCACCGCACUCACGCACAAGGUCAUCGAGCAUGUCAAGGCAUUCUUCACCACGUACACCGAACCCUCUGUCAUGAUCAAGUUCCCAUUACUUGUCUUCGACGUUUGGGACGCAAUGGUCGAGUACAUCCGCGGCGACAUGACCAACAAUGAGAAGUUGAUCAAUUUUACCCAGAUGUUUUAG